AGGAGGAGCAGGGAAGCGCGGCGCUGAGGGCGAAAGGCGGCCGCUGCGGCGGGAGGCUUUGGGGGCUGCUCCUCCUGCUUCCCCUCCGUGGGAAGAAGAGCCAGCUGCAGGGGCAAGGGCUGGGGAGCAGAGCCCCAGGAGCCCACCAACAGACUGGAUAAAUGCAAAUACUAACAUGGAGAAGAAGAUAGAGGCACUGCGGGAAGAAAUGGUGGCUAGAUCUGUCCCUUGUGAUGCUGAACUUCAAGAACUAAUGCAGCAAAUUGACAUAAUGGUUAAUAACAAGAAACUAGAAUGGGAAAAGAAGAUGCAAGCUUUAGAAGCAAGAAUGACCAUCCGGGAUCAAGAAUUAGCAAGUGCCCAAAGCAAGUUAGAUCAGAAAGGUCAAGAGGUUGGGCUCCUAAGACAGAAGCUGGAUAACUUGCAAAAGACAAAAUAUGAAAUGGCUCAAAACUAUGAUACACAACUUGAAGCCCUGAAAACUCAAUUUGCCAAGCUGACACAAACCUAUGAGAAGUUACAGCUGCACCAGUUAAAACAAAAUAAAGCACAUGAUGUGGAGAAAUGUAUGGAAAAUCAAGAAGUGCCUUUCCAAAUGAGCAGUUUAAACCAGAAAUUGGAAGAAUUCAGAGCAAAAUCAAGAGAGUGGGAUAAACAAGAAACACUUUACCAAAACCAUCUAAUUUCUUUAGAUGCUCAACGAAAAUUAUUGUCUGAGAAAUGUAAUCUAUUGCAGGUACUGUUAUUUCUGUUUUCAAAGAAGAAUUGGAAAUUAAAUGAACCAGCUAAACAUCCCCAGCUCCGUAAGUCUUUCCUCAUGACGAGCCACACCAUCACUGAACCUGUGGAGAGUGAAAGUGAAUGGGCAACACAGUCUGCUACUUAUGAACGCUGCAGAACACAAAUUCCUACCUGGCAUGGCCAAGGCAGUAUUUUCAACAGUGAGAGCAGUUGCACUUUGCCUCCUCAAAGACCAAGCGGAGGGCGUGAACACAUUGCAGAUGGUAGAUCUCCAACACCACCAGAUGCAUAUCUAGAACACUACGGCACCUACUUUCCUGAAGAAAUUAAGUCUGAUAUGUUACUGAAACAUAUCUAUGUUGCAGAAGCAAGUCAGAUGUCUUCCCCAGAGACCCUGUUUCCUGCAACCGCAACAGAGAAGUUCCUACAAGAGGAAGACAAACGAGCUAAAGACUUUGAACUGGUUUUAAACUCUCACAUUGAAGAACUGCAAAGGCAGUCAGAGAAUACCCUAAAGAAAUACACCGGUCUCAAGCAAAGCCGACACAGAUGAGCCUGAAAAAGAAAGUUAAAAUGUAAUAACAAUCCCAGCGUCAAUCACCAGCUACUGUUUGUAUAAAAAAGGAAAAAAAAAAAAGAUUUGCCCUUAUGCAAUGACGUGUUUGUAAUGUGAGAUUUUCUAUCUAGUUUGGCAGAGGAAUUCACUUCGACAUAAAUUAGGAAUUUUGUGUAUUAAAGAGGUCUAAAAAAAUCUCAAAAUUAAAUAUGAAAACUUGAAAACUUUAAA